GAGAGAGAGGAGGGAGGGAGGGAGGGAGGGAGGGUGGGGUAGGGGAAGGCGAGGGGAAAAGGGCGAGAUUUGUCGAGGUUUGGCCAAAGUACGACGAGAGUAUCAGAGAGAAUCAGAAGGCGGACAGCGGAAGCAGUCGCAGCAGGCAGGCAGUCAAGUCAGUGUGAGUACCUGGAAUCAUCGCGCGCAGAUUCGAUUGGGAAAGUAGGUAUUAAAGUAGCUAUCCUAUCCGACGCGAGCAGCAGCAGCAGCAGCAGCGAGCAAGAAUUAGGCGGCGGCACUGAUGUGCAGCUUGUAGCGAGAGCCCGAGCGGAAGCGUGGUGCUAGCGCUGGCUGGCUCGGUCUGUCUGAUCAAGGCAAACCGGGUGGCGAGAGGCCGCUCGCAGCAGCAGGAGCAGCAGGAAGCGGAAACGCGAGCGGGGGAAAGCUGGGGCUGGGGGACUGCGAGAGGGCCGGGCCACGGAGUGGGUGCACGAAACGCAGGAGGUGAAGGCGAGGCGAGGCGGGUCGCGGGAAGCAGCAGCACACGGGAAUUGAAGAGUCCAGACUAGGGCGUGAGCAUUGCAUGCUGGGCACGCGAUUUUACAAUCUUUCUUGGGCGUCGGAAUGAGCGCGGAGUGAGCGUCGCUCGAGCGCGAGCAAUAGACCGAGCAGCGACAACCCUAAUCAGAUGCAUUCCUUAGGAGCAUAAGCAGCACCAGCAGCAGCAUCUCGUUGGGCUUUUCGGUGACAGGCACAGGCACUGGCACCGGCGCCAGUAUUACGUCCCUCCCGCUCGUAGAUUGCAAUAGACAGAUAGAUAGACAGUCGGAUACGCACAGCACGGGGCUCGUGGACGAUGAUGGGGCUAAGCGAGCUGGGCUUGUCGCGGGGGGCAGCGUAAUUUCCAGGGCGGUUGACUUCCUGCAAUGCGGCCGGGGGCUUAGCUCGAUCAAUCGGGCAAUCUGAUCGUCAGCACCUCUCGAACGAGCAACGGACGCGACGUACAUUCCGAGCUCCCCUCUCUCUAGCCCCCUCUCUCCUCCUCUCGGGGGCUAUUGCUGUGACAGCGGCUGGGGGGCAGCGGUCGACUGUGACGUUGGGGGGCUAUGAGGAGGUUAGUUUGAAUAUGAACGUGCGUGCGUUGGAGCGCGCGCAUCAUCGGCUGUCGCUGUUGCAAUUCAGAGUCGGGUGCUACUGGAAGUUCUCAGAGUCGUGAGGGGCGCUGGAGGUCUGAUCCGGGGCAGUAUAUUAUGAGUGGCCGAGCUCGACCAUCUGCAUCUUCUGCAUCGCCUGCAGCCUGAGGCGCACAUUUCUAUCUGAUUCUCGCGAGCAAGAGAGGCAGCAGGAGGAGGUCGAGCAGGAAAGAAGGAGAGAGAGAGAGACAGUAUGAGGAUAAGGAAGAAUAGGACGUCGUCGCGAGUGAUUCCGGAGUUUUGUGUCACUCAUGUCGAGAAGGUGGAGACCUUGAAGCACGUGGAUGCGGCGAAAUGUGAUCCCGCUCCGCUGCUGGUGGUGCAGCACUCGCAGAAUGAGAAGCCUCCGAUACGGAAGCAGCCCCAGUCACAGUCACAGUCGCUCCCACUGCCACAGCCGCAGCAGCAACAGCAGCAGCAGCCGCUCGAUGUGGACAUGCUCGAGCUCGAUGCCGCGGCGAUUCUUAGCUCUUUAGAUAACGAGUCGUCGUCGUACAAAAUCAGAGAUUUCGUCCUCGCGCAGGGAGAUAAUGCGAGGGCGCAGGGCGGCGGAUCUGAGAACAACCUCAAUUACGCGUCUCGCCGUCGUCAAUCUGGGUCUGAAUCAGAUACGGGCCACGCCGCAGGCUCCAGGAAGAGGAGUGUCAAGCAUGCCGCGGACGCCAGGUCGUCGAAAUCGACAUCCGUCUCCGGCGGCGACAAGAUGAAUUCCGAUACGACGAGCAAGGCGAUGGCCAAGGCCGAAGAAAUCGAGUCUGCGCACGAGCAGGCUCUCGCCAAAUCUGAGGUGAUCGAUGAUCCUCCUCCGCCUCCUCCCGCCAAGAGGCCGACGACCGUCGACAGCGGCAGCACCAGGAGUGCGUUCGCAUGCAGCAGGAAGAGGCACCGCCGGCAGGUGGAGUCUGAUUCGAGUCCGGCGCAGGAAAUUGGAGCCAAGUCCGAGGACGAGGAGUUCAAGUAUUCGGGAGGCGGGGGUGCUGCACAUGGCGCUGCAGCAGACAAGGUGGUCGCCAAGGUCGUGACCAAGGAAGAGAGCAUGCAGGUCGAAGGCACGGACCGGUGCCCCACUGCCAACUUCCCCAUGGGCUGGUCCUACCGAGGCCUGGCUCAGAUUGCAGAGCACGACAAGGCCACGCAAGGCAAGCAGUGCGGGCGCACCGACGGCCGAUCCUGGCGAUGCCCAUUGAAAGUCCUCGAGGGCUUUACGCUGUGCGAGCAUCAUCUGACCAAGUUCCGUCUGAAGAAGCUGUGCAAGGGAAACAAGAAGCAGAAGGCUUCUCCUCAGCAGUCUCGCGAUCGACAGCAGCAGCAGCAGCAACAACAACAGCAACAACAACAAUUACAGCAGCAGCAGCAGCAGGAGCAACAUCAUCAUCAUCAACAUCAGCAGCAGCAGCAGCAGCAGCAGCAACAACAUCAACAGCAACGAAGCCCUCCCUCACCUCCCUCUCCUCCUGCUCAGAGCGAAAUAUCUAAAGCCAUGCCGCAGUCGCCAACUACAACAUUAGAGCACGAUGUGCCGAUGAAAUUUCGCCGACGUCACAAGACCGUCAAACUGUCUGUGCUUUGAUCCCGAUUUGAGCAUCUAGUCUCAUCCCUGGGAGGACAAUCUGUUGGUUGGACACAAACUCGCGAGCACGCAAGCUGCGGCUGGCCCAAAUUUUGAAUUCCAUUAGGCCCACGAGGCCAAAUUUCAGACACUUGUUACUCUACGCACUUUGUUGAUUCACUUAUUCUUGGCGUGCGCCUGAUUCAAUUACAUGGCCUCACCUCCACUCGCCCCCCGCACCACCACCCCGAGCUUCGGGUCAAAAUUUUGGAUCUGAUUUGGGCCGACCGGAUUCGCGAUCUUGUUAGCGAUAGCAGCAAGCAAGCAUGCGCGAGCCGAUCGCGUCUGAGCGCGCGAGGGCAUGGCUGAUGGGCAAGAGAAUUAGGUCGAUCGGAUAACAUGAGUCGUAGACUACACAUCAUUGUACAGGGCACGCUGUCAGAAUCUGAGAUAGAGGUCCCCGGCUAUGUCGACUCUCGACUCUCGUUGCAGCUGCGGCAGAUUAGGUUUCUGGCUCAGAUCCGUCUGGAGCCGGGGCGCUGAUCGAAGCGAAGAGUUAGUGCGGGCUUGAUGAGAUGCGAGACAUGCACGUAAGAUCAGGCCUGCUUAGAUUACACUAAUGCUGCUCUUCGUGUCGCGGGGCUCCAGUGCAGUAGACUAGGCUAGUAGUGCAGCAGCAGCAGACACAGGCUGGAGGUGCCCUGCUCGUGUAAUUAUAAAAUGCGCAUCGGUGCUGCGUUGUUGAUGUUGCGCACGAAGCAACUUGCGUUUAAUAAGCCUUCGGGUUUUUAU